GCUUGUGUUUUGCUUUGGUUUUUUUGUUAUUGUUUCGGGUUAGUGGAGCAACUGAGACCGAAGAGAAAAGCACGUCUGUAUCGCUCAUGAUUUUGUUGUUUUCUCACGCAUUGCUAUUCCUGUAUCUGAUAAAGAGACGGCUCGUUUAGACGCGUUUACACAGAAGUGAAGGCGAUAAAGGUUCAAAAUAGCCUGCCUUUCUUUUGUGUUGCCAUGGAAAAGGCUUGGCUGGUGGAGUUCAGAAACGUGGGCUGCAGCUACUUCCCUCAGAGCAGAGUCGAUUGCCACUACACACUGAGCUCACAGCACAACUGGGCCAGCAAUGAUUGGAUAGGGCUCUUCAAGGUGGGAUGGUCGUCAGUGAAAGACUACCACACAUUCGUUUGGGCACUGGCCCCGGCUGACUAUCAAGAGGGCACAGAUGUCAACUGCUGUGUGCACUUCCAGGCAUCCUACUUACCCAAGGAAAGCUCCCAAGACUAUGAGUUUGUAUAUAUUGAUGCAAAAGGGGAAGUGUGCUCCCGGAGCUCCACAUUCAGUUUCUGUGCUCCAAAGCCACUUGAGGACCUGGUGACUCUUGAGGACGGGCCCCAUGGCGAGGAAGGAGGCACAGACAUGUUGGUGGUAGUGCCCAGGGCUGAGCUGCUGCAGAGUCGACUGCAGGAAUGUCUGCGGGAGCGUGCCGAGCUGCUGCAGGCGCAGGAGGCGGCAAACAGGCAGAGGGAAAAAGAGAAGGAGGAGUACAGGAAGGCAAGGGAGGUCUGGGACAGACGACGCAAAGGGUUAGAAAGUGAUAUCGCCAGGCUGCAGGAAGAGCUGAAGCAGAGUCGAGAGAAGAUGGAGUUGAUGGAGAUGGAGAAUAAGGAGGAGCAGGCUUUUGGAGAAUCACUAGCCCAGGAGAAAAGUGCUUUAUUGGAUGCGAGAGAGGCGAGCAAAAUGCGAAUCAAAGAGCUGGAGGAGGAUAUCAAAACCCUGACUCAGAGAAAUGUGGAAAGAGAGACUGAGCUGGAACGGAUGAAGGAAAGAGCAAGGAGGGCAGGAACUCAGAGAAAAGAAGAAGAAAGUGAGAAAAAGAGCCUGCAGACCAAGCUGGAACAGACAGAAGGCGAACUUCGAAGUCUGUCUAAGGAGUUCCAGGGCCUGAGGAACUCGCUGGCCCAGAGAGACACGAGUGUGCUGCAGCUCCAAAACAGCAUUACCACCCUCACCCAGAAACUCACUACCGCCCACAGGAAAGAGACAGAGAACGAGGCCACACAGAAGGAGAUGCGGAGCCUGCGGGAGCGUCUGAAUGCUAAUGAACGUGCCGCAGAGGGCUUGAAGAGUGAUCUAAGUGCCAUGGUGGCCCAGAGGGAUCAAGGACAAGCUGAUUUGCACCAGGCUCGUCUGCAGGCCGCUCAACUCACCCUUCAGCUUGCAGAUUCCAGUCUGGCCCUGAGAGAGGGACGAGCCCGCUGGGCCCAGGAAAGGCAGAUUCUGCAGCGCACUACUGAGAGGGACCACGAGCAUCUGGAGAAACUCAACACAGAGAUGCAGAGGAUGGAAGAAAGGCUGCAGGAGGAGACGAUGGAGAGGGUCAAGCUGGAGGUUGAGCUGGGGAGAGAAAAGGAUUGCAACCGGGUUCAGCUGAGUGAAACCCGCAGGGAGCUCCAGGAGCUGAAGGCCAGCCUGAGGGUUGCCCAAAAGGAGAAGGAGCAGCUACUUGCAGAGAAACAGGAGUUGAUGGAGUACAUCUGUCAGCUGGAGCAGAAGAUGGGAACAGUGGCCAGUGCCAAGUGGAGCGCUGCCCCGAUUGCUUCUACAGGGCGGCCUGGCAGUGCGUUAUCUGACUCUGAGGAUGAAAACCCAGAGGCUUUGCAGCCCCUCCGCCCACCAAGACCACUGGGACACUACAGCCUGUGUGAGCAGGGCCAGCCGGACUCCUUGCUCCUUGCCAGCCCUCCUCCCUCCCCAAGGGAGGCGGAGAGGAGCGCAGUGGUCAUCAACCAGCCAGCCCCGCUCUGCUCGCCACACCAGGCCGACGCUGACACUCUAGUGCACAGCUCUGAUUCGGAGGAGGAAUCUGAUACACUUCAGUGUGGAAGGCACAGCUCUGGAGAGGAAACAGCACUACUGCUGCCUGAGCACACAGACACUGUUCUCAGUGAUCUGGCCGAUACCUCGCUGUGGUAACCAGUGGACAUCCAGCUUAGGCGAUUGAUCAAAAAGAGGAGACGGGGGACUUUCUCGGAGUUAAUGUGGUUCCGCAUUACUUCCACUAUCAAGCACAUAUACAGCUCACUCACUACACAGACAAAAUGUUAAUAUGCAAUUUACAUCGUAUCUGCCGUGAACCUUUUUCCCCUCUUAGACUGUUGUGUUAUUGCCCCUUGCUGUUUUGUUGUUAUGAAUGACAUAAUGGUUGUGGUUGCAGGUCAACACCGUGUUUAUGGCUGACAUAAGACUGUUGCACAGUUUGAGACAGCGUGCUUUUGGGCUGUGGCGUUUGAGAGUUCGCAGGCUGUAGCAGAAUGAUUUCUGUUGAAUCAUUGCUAUGUCGAGAGCUUUACGAUGGAUGUUAUGUCGUUUUUAUGACAUUUGUGAUUAGGAGUCAUGACAGGCACUGUAAUUAUGAUGUUUUGUGCAGGCCCGGCUCCACUGGAAAUCAUGGCAAAACUCUCUUCCAGCAUUAAAUUCUCUGCAGCAGCUUUGAACGCUAUUCACGGCAGCAUAAAGUAACGAUACGGCAUCAUGCUAGAAUUAUAUUGCAGUAAUGUAGGUCUAUGACAUCAUAUUUCUCCUCCAUUUACUCAGAAGUAAGGUUUGAUAUGCACUUUCUUGUACGCAUUAGCAAUUGAUUGUUGUCAUGCAUAUGCAGUUAAGGAGAUUUAGUGACGCAGAGGCGCUUUAAGACGGACAAGCAUUUUGAAAUAGAAAGCUUAUUGAACAGAUUGUGUUUAAAGUCUAUUAAAUAGAUGCCAGAUGCAACUUUCUACUUCAGUACCUUCAUAUCAUCAUUAUUAUAAAAUUAAUGCUCAUAAGCUUCUCACUAUAUUUCAGCUGCAGUUUUUACUUUUUAAUGAUCCUGGAUUUCAUAAUUAUUGAAAUAAAAUGCUAAUUUACUAGCUGGCCAUUUGGAUAUUUAGUGUUUGUUACAGUUUAUAUUGUACAGGAAAAGAUCGCAUCCACAGAGCUCUAAAUUUGUGCCUAAAAUAAUUUUAAAAAGAGUAAAAGAAAAUCAUCUUUAUAGAGCCUGACAUCAUGACAUGGUGUUGGUAUUUUCCCCCAGCCCUAUGGCAAUAUACUGCCUAAUAAA